UAUGACGUUCCGGUUUGUUCUGUAACUUCACACAGAGCAGCAGCUGAUGAAGACGGUGGAGGAAGUCACUGCUACAAAGAAACUCGUCUUUUUUGUUUAGUUUUGUGUUAGAAGUGAGUGGUGUUCAGUUAUGUCGUCCUGCGGUUUGUUGGUGUGUUUGCUGGCCGUGUUUCAGCUCGGCUCCCGGGCUCAGUACCCUCCCGAUGAGGUGACCCAUCUGCCGGGAAUGAAGUUCAAACCCAAGUAUCUCCAGUGGUCGGGGUACCUCCAGGCACGACCCGGCGUGUUUCUGCAUUAUUGGUUUGUGACUUCUCAGAGGGACCCCGUCAAAGACCCCCUGGUGCUCUGGCUGAAUGGAGGCCCAGGCUGCAGCUCACUGGACGGAUUCCUGUCAGAGAAUGGACCCUUUCAUGUCCAUGAUAAUGGAGCCACGCUGUAUGAGAACCCAUCCAGCUGGAACAAGAUUGCCAAUUUGCUGUACAUUGAGUCUCCUGCAGGAGUGGGAUAUUCCUACUCUGAUGACAAGAAGUAUGCAACUGAUGAUGAUCAGGUCUCUGAUGAUAAUUACAGAGCCUUGCAGAGUUUCUUCUCCAAGUUUCCCAAUUUCACUAAAAAUGAGUUCUUCAUCUUUGGGGAGAGUUACGGUGGCAUUUAUGCACCGACUCUUAGCCUGCGUGUGGCUACUGGAGCGGCCAAGAUCAACUUCAAGGGCUUUUCAGUGGGAAAUGGUCUCAGCAGCUUUGCUCUAAAUGACCAAUCUUUGAUCUACUUCGGUUACUACCACGGCCUCUUUGGAGAAGAUUUGUGGCGUGCUCUGAACAUAAAUUGCUGUGACAAGGGGAACUGUGACUUCCACAACUCCAGUUCAGAGACCUGCAAGACAAUGGUGAAUGUGGCCUUUGGAAUUGUGUAUGGUAGUGGGCUUAAUGAGUACGGCCUGUACUUGGAUUGUGAGGGUGGCGGGAGAUCCCUCAGAAGCUACGAUAGGACCAUGAGUCAGCUGUUUAAGAACAUCAGGAAACGCCCACAAACCCAUAAGUUUUCAGAUGGAGUGUCGUCCAUCAUGUCUCUGGGUGUAGUCCCUCCCUGCAUCAACAGCACGGCUCAGAUGAACUGGCUGAACAGAGGCGACGUGAGGAAAGCUUUACACAUCCCAGACACCCUGCCACGCUGGGAUAUCUGCAGUGAUGAGGUGGGAGAGCAGUACAUCACCCUGUACCAAACAGUGAAGUACGUCUAUGUGAAGCUGCUGUCUCUGGGCCUGCGGGCUCUCGUUUACAACGGCGACACCGACAUGGCCUGCAACUUCCUGGGAGACCAGUGGUUUGUGGAAGACCUCGGUCUGAAGGCAACCACAGAGUACAAGAUGUGGCAUCAUGAUAAUCAGGUGGCCGGUUUCUACCAACAGUACGGAAACAUCACUUUCCUGACAGUCAAGGGUGCAGGUCACAUGGUUCCUCAGUGGGCUCCAGGGCCAGCUUUCCACAUGUUCCAGUCCUUCAUAACAAAUGGCCCCUACUGAGCCCUGAUUGAGGCUGUGUAGUGUACCUGCACUCAUCACUUCGGAUGGCACAUUAUUCUCAGGGAAGAUGAUUAUAAAAAGGGAAAAUUACUUUAAUGGCAAUUAUUCAUAUCUAAUUUGUUCGUGGAUGACUUGCAGUAAGUAUUUGAAGAGGGACAAUGUUUGUUUGGACUUGAAAUUAAAAUGUUGGCUUUA